UCCGUUUUUUUUUUCGUAUUUAAGAACGGGAAUAAAGUAUGGGUAGAGUUAUUAAAAGAACGAUCUUACUCUUUCGAUUGGUUGAAGAAAAAUAAUUUACUGAAUGGGCAUAGUUGUUUCUAACUAUCAAAACUACGUUAUCACGGAUAUUGAUUUUUUUUGUUAAAUUUAAAUAAUACUCUAAAAAACAAUAGGGCAAAUUAUUGAUUUCUUGAAACUCUUCUCUCAAAACAUAAAAGAAAACAAAUAAUUAAUGUUAUUUCGAAUAAAAUGAGAGAGUUGGGCCGUUUACUUAUUACAUUAAAAAAAUCAUAUGAUAUUAAAAAUUUAUUUGAUGCCUUGAAACCAGAACUAUUUAAUUACCUAAUACUUGCUACCAAAGAAAUAAGUGGUUAUAGUGUAGAGAGUAAAAGUUUCAAAUCACCAUCACUAGCGUUGCAUAUGGGAUCCAACUUGAAAACGGUUUGUGAUGUAGCAUACAAACUAGUUCUAGAAAAAAAAAACGUCUUCCUGGUAUAGAAUAGAUCGAUAAGAAAAUUAAAAAAACCGAAAUUAAAGAUCUAAGAAAGUUAAUUGAGGGUCACUGGUGUAACGAACUGUCUAGUUUAGCUUUGAAAACCCUUAAAGAGAAACACUGGGAAAAGCCUUUCCAAUUGCCACUAGCAAGUGAUAUAAAGCUUUUUAAUGACUACUUAAAUGCGCUAUCAGCUGAAUCGUUUAAACUACUUCAGGAAAAUACCAAUAUUAGAAGUAAUUAUAAAAAAUUGACAGAAUGUAUUUUGGCUAAGACGGUGAUUUUUAACCGUAGAAGAGUAGGGGACGUGCAGUAUUUAACAGUAGAAACCUACGGGAGGAACUACGAUACACUUAAUCAAGAAAGUUUUACAGAGGCACUCACUGAAGUUGAAAAGAUUAUAUAUAAAAAUCAUAGGCGUGUUGUAACUGGAAGUAAAGGCUCAAAACCUGUUCCAAUUUUAUUUUCAAUCCAGACGCAAAAAUACAUUAGACUUUUACUAAAAGUCAGACAAGAAACCAAUGUUGUACCAGAAACCAAUCCAUAUCUUUUUGCAAAUCCUGAUUCCGAAGAUCGCUGGAUGUCUGGCGCAAACACAAUUAGAAAGAUAGCUAUUAAUUGUGGAGCCAAACAUCCAGAACUAUUGACAUCAACUAGAUUUAGGAAACAAAUUGCCACGACUCUGCAAUUAUUAGCCCUCGAUGAUGACGAAAUGGAUCAAAUCGCCACUUUUAUGGGACAUACAAAGAAGACACAUACCGAGUUUUACAGGUAAUGUUAACUUUAAGAGUAUGCAUGCACUGUUAAUUUUGGUUAGGAUUUUUUUAAACUUUUUAUGCUUGAUAUGAUAUAUCAUACAUAAUGUAAUAGAAUUAGCAACAAUGGUUAAGUUUCGAAAAGUUUACUUUAAAGGUAUCUCGUACACAAAAUAUUUCAAAAAGCUUUCUGUGAAAAAUAGUUAAAACCGGGUUUUAAUUGUUCCUUGUCCGAACUUAGCAAAACGCGUGUUGAGUCUAAAUUUGUUUAACGAAUACACAUUUCUUUUUAAAAUUUACCAGCAUAUUUUCUUUCAGCCUUUCCGAUAUAUUUGAAUGCGAUAUAUGAAAAAUCGUUAUUUCCCCUUUAAUAUUCGAAAAUCGUUGUUAGAAUGUAUGCUUCAUAAAUCCGUAUUUAAAAUAAAUUAUUGUUCUAUUAGACUCUCACUGUUUCCGAUAAGGUAAAUUCGAUGGAUACUUAAACCAUGUAUCUACAUAGACAUUUAAAUCGUUUUAAAAUUAAUAAGAUACUUUUAGACUACCGCAAGAUAUCUACCAGACUGCUAAAGUAGCCAAGAUUCUUUUACUUAUGGAAAAAGGCAAGGGAAAUCGGUACCGAGGAAAAAAAUAAGUGAAAUCAAUAUAGAUGAUAACGAAUACUACAGCUCUGAAUACGAAGGCGAUGAAGAACCGAUUAUGCAGAAGGUGCUAAAGCGGGUUACAAGGGAAAAAAAACCUGAAGACGAAUUAGAUACUGGAGAUUCUGACAGAUAUGUGCAUCAGUCAACGGAACGUGAUCAACAUAAUGAAAACACAUUAUCAAGAAAUUAUUUUAAAAAGGCGACUAGUCCGUUUCACGAAUCUAACGAAGAAAAUAGUGAAGAACCACCAACAAAAAAAACUAAAGAAUCAUCCACGAAAUCCAUCCAGAGAUUCAGAGCCAAAUGGUCAGAUAAUGAAAAACAAGUUUUACUUCAGUACUUUGAAAAACAUAUUGAAAAAAAAAAUUACCCCUCGGAAACAUGAAUGUGACGAACUACUGAAACUACCUCCACACGUGUUCGAAAAUAAGGACUGGGUCCGAAUAAAAACAUAUGUGUAUAAUACAUUCCGUGAAAGGAAGUGAUUGCUUAUUUUUAUUUUUACUGAACCACAUACUCGUAAUAGAUUAUUUUUAGUUCCAAUAAAUUACUUUUAAAUAA